GCUAAUGGGAAACCCCCUCCUAUUCUUAACCACACACUCAAAAGCAGGCUCGCAUUACCAUCCUUGAGAGACGGACUGCAGCCCUCAGAUCAGACGCAUCCUCAUUCUGUCAUCACAGUCAUGGCCGACAAACCCAACAUGAUGGAAAUCACAAGCUUCGAUAAAACAAAACUGAAGAAGACGCAAACCCAAGAGAAGAACCCGUUACCAACCAAGGAAGCUAUCGAGCAGGAGAGAAGAGAAUCAUCAUCCUGAGAGCAAACAUUAAUGAGCAAGACAGAAGAAAUAAGGAUGAGACAACUGAAGCAAUUUGUCUCAAAGUGAAACUAGGAUUUGCCUUUUUGUCAAUAAUGUAAUGCUCUCUUUUUUUAUAUUUAUGUUUCUGAUUAAUGUAUGAGUUGUCCUUGAAUGAAUAAAGAUUUUUUUUAAUGCA